CUAUCAGAAAACAAGACCUACAAUCAUUCUCCUCUAAAAUUUCACCAAGUCUAUAGACAAAAACAGGAAAAAACUCUCUCUCUCUCUUUGUUUUUUUGUAUUGGUCUUUUUUUAGAAGUUCAAGUGAUAAACACUGAAAUAUUCAGGCCAAUUUCUGCCUAUAUCUAAAUUCUAGACCUAUCUUUUAUUCUCAAACAUCAUGGACUUUAACAAUAACUCAUCACCAGCCAACUCACCCUCUUCAUCAAAGUCCAAAAGAAAGGCACAGCCACAACAACAACAACAACAACAAACACCACUACAAAACCAACAAGGAGAAGCAUUAAGGUUUUUGGGAGUAAGAAGAAGGCCAUGGGGUAGAUAUGCAGCAGAGAUAAGAGACCCUUCAACAAAAGAGAGACAUUGGCUCGGCACAUUUGACACUGCAGAAGAAGCAGCUUUAGCUUAUGACCGAGCCGCUCGGUCCAUGCGAGGUUCAAAAGCUCGUACCAACUUUGUUUACUCUGACAUGCCUAGAGGCUCCUCUGUCACCUCUAUUAUCUCUCCUGACGAAACACAUCAUGAAAUCUCACCUCUCUUCACUCCUGCCCUUCAACACCACCAACAAAAUGACACAACCAACAACACAAACACCACCACCACAGAGCUCUUCUUCACACAGGACCCUUUCAAUGCUGCAUGUCCAUUUUCUGGGUGGGCUCAAGGGAAUACAACAACUUUGGGUUCUUAUCAGCCCAUUACUGGUAUUAUGGACACUGACACUGGGCUUUCACACUCACAGACUUACUCUGAUAGCACUCAGCUACCACCCUUGCCUCCUGAUGCGUCAUCAUCUUUUUAUGGGUCUGGACUAUUGGGCUCCGAUAUGGGACAAGGAGUUUGGACUGACACGAACUUUUUUGGGUUUUCUGAGGAUACUACAAAUGGGCUUGACUCUGCACUUACUGGGCCGUACUUGGGUUUUGAUUCUAAUGAAUUUGUGCAGCACAGCCCACUCUUUGGGAGGAUGCCACCUGUCCCAGACACUAGUACCACUGGAUUUGAUUUGGGUUCAUCAUCUGCUUUCUAUAAAAGUAUUGGGUAAAUUUUAGUUACAGUUCCUUUAGUGUUUUACCUUAACUCUCUUAAUUAAAUUCAACUAUAUUGCAUUAGAAGAACAAGAAAAUGUAUUGACCAAUAAGGCAAACGUUUGUGCUAUAUUGGCCAAUAAAUUUUAUAGUUGAAUUUAAUCGAAGAUUUUAAGGUUUAACACAUAAAGAAUGUAUCUAAGUUUUGCCAUUUUUUAAGUAUUAAGCCUUCUCAAUUUCAACAUAUGUGUGUACUUUUUUCUUUUCAUUUUGUGAUUUUAAGGUGAUAUAGGUAAUGGUUGCAUGGAUAGUGUUGGGCUUGGAAUACAAAAGCCUGCUGCUUUUUUGUU